UCGGGCCACCCUGCAGCUUCCCCGAGGGGCAUUUCACAUUGUGUCAUGGGGGACUCAAUCGACCUUCACUGGCCGAACACCGUGAAUAGCCGAGUGUUUGGGGGAAAGGACAAUGCCGUCGCCGAGCGGUUCAAUCCUCCUGCAAGUGCGUUCGCACAUUCCUUGGGGAGUGACUUCCCUUUUUCUCCUCUCUUUUAGAAGUAAAAAUUAGAAGUUGAGAAUUGGUUUCUUAUCCUUUAAACUAUUCAAAAAAAUAAAACACAAUGUUUCUUCAAAGAGGAUCGCGCGCCGUCCGGACGCAAUGGCACGUCUCCAAGAGUAUGGCUCGUCUGGCUGCGGCCAGAGCUGCUGGCGUCUACCCCUCCAGACGAUUCCACGACACAAGGCAUCUACGGGUUGUGAAGCCUGUCUUGCUGGCAGACAUCGGCGAAGGCAUCGUGGAGUGCGAAAUCAUACAAUGGUUCGUCGAGCCUGGCGCCCGAGUCGAGGAGUUCUCCCCGCUAUGCGAGGUCCAGAGCGACAAGGCGUCUGUGGAAAUCACCAGCCGCUUCUCGGGUGUGGUCAAGAAGCUGCACUACGAUGCCGGCGACAUGGCCAAGGUCGGCAAGCCUUUUGUCGACAUUGACAUCCAGGGCGGGGCUAAGAAAGAGGACCUGGAUGCGCUGACGGCCCCGACGGAAGCGGUACAGGAGAAGCCCUCACAAAAGACGCCGGAACCUCCUGCACAGCCCAAGACACAACAGGAAGACAAGACACAGGACCAAACAAGACGAGAAUCGGGGGUGGCAUCUCAGGAUGCGGUCAGUGCUGAAGAUACCCCACGGCCAAAGGGUACUCAUGCCUCGCUCGCUACGCCGGCGGUGCGGCAUCUGACCAAGAGCCUGAACGUAGACAUUGCCGAGAUCAACGGCACGGGAAGAGACGGGAGGGUUCUUAAAGAGGACGUACAGAACUUUGUUAAGCGCCGCGACGCCGGUGACAGGCCGGCAGGGGCAGCGACUCCAUCCCCGGCCGCCGCGGCCCCGCCUUCCGGCGCCGCACAACUCGAAACCCGGGUCCCGCUCACGAACACCCAACAGCAAAUGUUCAAGUCCAUGACCCGCUCCCUCGCAAUCCCCCACUUCCUCUACGCCGACGAGAUCGACUUUUCCAGCCUCGUCCAGCUGCGCACCCGCCUCAACCGUGUCCUCGCGACGUCCCCCGAAGUGGGCGGCGGCGAGACUGGCGUUGCGAAGCUCUCCUAUCUCCCCUUUAUCAUUAAAGCCGUCUCCAUGGCGCUCUACCAGUACCCCAUUCUCAACGCGCGCGUCGAUCUCGACCCUUCCUCCUCGCCGUCAUCGAAGCCGUCCCUCGUCAUGCGCAGCCAACACAACAUUGGCGUAGCAAUGGACACCCCCGCCGGCCUCCUAGUGCCCGUGAUCCGUGACGUCGGCUCCCUCAACAUCCUCUCCAUCGCCUCGGAGCUGACACGUCUGCAAAAGGCGGCCCUCGCGGGCAAGCUCGCGCCGGCGGACCUCAAGGGCGGAACCAUCACCGUCUCCAACAUUGGUAACAUUGGCGGCACCUACCUCUCGCCCGUCAUCGUUGACAAAGAGGUCGCGAUCCUCGGCAUCGGCCGCAUGCGCGCUGUGCCGGCGUUCGAGGGGGAGGACUCGGACAGGGUGGUGAGGAAGCACGUUACCAACUUCAGCUGGAGUGCUGACCAUCGCGUGGUGGACGGCGCGACCAUGGCCCGGGCCGCGGAGGUGGUGCGGCGGGUUGUGGAGGAGCCCGACGUCAUGGUCAUGCAUCUGAGGUGAGCAGCACGCGGGAGAAAACUUGUUCUGGAGGGAAUAUCGGGGGAAGGGAAGUAAGCGCGUGUGUGUUGUAUCUGGCUUUUGACUCCGGGACCACCCACCACCCCCGAGGCGGAUUGUGAGAGAGGAAAAGGUAACCCUCAGUAAGGCGCCUCGAUGACGCCGUUCGGCCGCCGCGUGAUGCGGAGUAAGAGGCCAGGAUAAAGGCCACGGUGUGGGUCGGCGGGCGGAGGGCUGGAUGACUUACAAGACUCUUGACAAUUAGACAUCCACGAAUAAUGGUUUGUAGAUAUGAGGUGAGGGCGAGCAGGAGGGGGCUUUAGCGGUGGCGUAACCAACUACCUACUUUGCAAGCACCAACAAGGGGCAAAAAGGGCUUGCGGUAAAAAUUCAAAUCCAAGAGUUCAAACAAAAUCGACAU